AUGCCAUACGCACAGGAGCCGAGAAGUGGCCCCACUCUGACUCUGCAUCACCCCUUACCAAAUGUGCGCGUGACAAUGGUCCACGAGGGGGACCCCAGCACCAAGGCCGCGCGCCCCAGGGAGCCGUGGGAGGGGGCGCCGCGCAUCUCGCAGGCGGCUGGGCGAAGGACCGCAGGACCCUUGCUCCAAGCGGGAUCCCCUGGCUACGCCCAGGGCUGGAACACACCGCCUAAGGGGCCCGCAGGGAUCCGCCUGUCUGCCCGCCCCCCUCCGCGCGCUCACCUCCUCCGCCGCCGCGCCAGGUACGCCGAACACGUGGGCGGGGCGGGGCCAGGCGCAAAGCACGCCGGCCGGCUCUGGGGGCGGAGACAAAGCGGCGGGGCCCUAGGGGGCGGGGCUGAGGCGGCGAGGCCCGCCCGCCGGCUUUGGGGGCGGGGCUCCGGGGGCAGAGACGACGGGGGCGGGAGGCUCCGGGGCGGGGGGCGGCGGAGGGCGGGGCGGGGCCCUGGCUGCUCAGCUCCAGCCGGGUCUCCUCAGCCAGUGAACGGCCUUGGGCGGCUGUUUGGGCCGCCCCUGUUUAGCACUGGAGAGACCAGCGUCAGGGCGUGGGUCGGGAGGCCUCUGGCGGACUUCUGUCGGAGCUCACGCCCCGUCCUCCCGCCAGGUCCCAUCCUUUCCCGUCGGGAAGCGCUCUGUGCUGGCUGGCGGGGCCUCUGCCCCAGCUCCUCCCAAGUGAUCCGCACUGCGAGGUCCGCGAAGCGGCGUCACACCUGUCAGCUCUCCUUCCCAGCUGCUGUGUGA